AUGGGUAUAAAAGGACUCACAGCUCUCAUAUCGGAGAACGCUCCAAGAGCUAUGAAAGAUCAUGAGAUGAAGACUUUAUUCGGUAGGAAAGUCGCUAUUGACGCUUCUAUGUCAAUAUACCAAUUCCUAAUUGCUGUAAGACAACAAGAUGGUCAAAUGUUGAUGAAUGAAUCUGGUGAUGUUACUUCACACCUUAUGGGGUUUUUCUAUCGUACGAUCAGGAUGGUGGAUCAAGGUAUAAAACCUUGUUAUAUAUUCGAUGGAAAACCUCCAGAGUUGAAAGGUGGUGUGCUGGCUAAACGUUUCGCCAGAAGAGAAGAGGCUAAGGAAGGAGAAGAAGAAGCUAAGGAGACUGGUACGGUAGAAGAUAUUGAUAAACUCGCUCGAAGACAAGUCCGAGUGACUCGAGAACAUAAUGAAGAAUGUAAAAAGUUAUUGGCUCUCAUGGGGAUACCCGUUGUGACUGCUCCGGGAGAGGCAGAGGCACAGUGUGCCGAGUUGGCCAGAGCAGGCAAGGUCUACGCUGCCGGUAGCGAAGACAUGGACACUCUCACAUUCUCCACUCCUAUAUUACUACGCCACUUGACUUUCAGUGAAGCGAAAAAGAUGCCAAUAUCGGAAAUACAUCUUAAUAUAGUCUUGGAGGAAUUGGGGAUGACCAUGGAUCAGUUCAUCGAAUUGUGCAUCUUACUAGGCUGCGACUACCUCGAACCAUGUAAAGGUAUAGGUCCCAAAACCGCUCUGAAGCUUCUCAGAGAACACGGAUCCCUUGCUGCUGUCGUGUCCUUUGUCCGAGGUAAAAUGGCCGAGAAAGCAGAAGAAAACGCACAUGUCAAUUCACAGUUGAGUGACGUAUCAGAUAUCGAGAGUGAAGAAGGACAUGGGAACGUCAGAAUGAACUCUGAUGGGGAAGAAGUCAUCAGUAGUCCGAAGAAAAGUCAGACGCCGAAGAAGAAGAAGAAAACAAAAGUCACUAGUGCUGGUAUGCAAAUACCAGAGUAUUGGCCUUGGGAAGAAGCGAAGAGAUUAUUUCAACAACCUGAUGUUGUCAAGGGGGAUGAGCUUGAGUUGGAUUGGAAAGCCCCGGAUGUGGAGGGAUUGGUACAGUUCCUCUGUCGUGACAAGGGAUUCAACGAGGACAGGGUGAGAGCAGGAGCGGCCAAACUAGCAAAGAUGUUAGCUGCCAAGCAACAAGGUCGACUCGACGGUUUCUUCACGGUCAAACCUAAAGACGACGGAGCGAAGGGUGGGGAUGUAAAGGGUAAACGUAAAGGGGAAGAGAAGGGCGGUGCAAAGAAGAAAGGCAAGAAGUGA